AUGUCCUGGAAGGAAGUGUGGGGUCCUAACAUCCUUAAGAUCUGGGGCGAAGAAGAAGAUCCAUCCUGCAAGCAGUUGGAGUUGCAGAGGGUCAAGGCCAAUAAACUUCAGGUUUCACCACCCAAGGCUGUCAAGUUGUGCAGGGAAAGAGACAAGGUGCCAAAGGCAAGUACAGCUGCAAAGAAUGUCUUUUCCAUCUUACUGCAGGGCUCUAGGUGGGAGAUACAGGUGGACCUGCAAGAGAAACUCGUCUUCCUGAAAGAGGCAGCUGUAACAUCACUCAGGCCAGACAUGAUCCUGCUAUCUAGGAGUAAGAUGACCAUCCUGAUGGCUGAACUUACUGUACCAUGGGAGGAUAGGCUCACUGUCUCUCACCAGCUGAAAAAAGCCAACUACCAAGACGUGGUUGACGAGGUUCUUGCCAAGGUCCAGGUUGGCGUAGGUGCUCCCCAGGUGGCGUCCGGUUAUCAGGUUGGCGUAGGUGCUCCCCAGGUGGCGUCCGGCUUCCAGGUUGGCGUAGGGGCUCCCCAGGUGGCGCCGUCCGGCUUCAAGGUUGGCGUAGGGGCUCCCCAGGUGGCGUCGUCCGGCUUCCAGGUUGGCGUAGGGGCUCCCCAGGUGGCGUCGACCGGCUUCCAGGUUGGCGUAGGGGCUCCCCAGGUGGCGUCGACCGGCUUCCAGGUUGGCGUAGGGGCUCCCCAGGUGGCGUCGACCGGCUUCAAGGUUGGCGUAGGUGCUCCCCAGGUGGCGUCGACCGGCUUCCAGGUUGGCGUAGGUGCUCCCCAGGUGGCGUCGACCGGCUUCCAGGUUGGCGUAGGUGCUCCCCAGGUGGCGUCCGGUUAUCAGGUUGGCGUAGGUGCUCCCCAGGUGGCGUCCGGCUUCCAGGUUGGCGUAGGGGCUCCCCAGGUGGCGCCGUCCGGCUUCAAGGUUGGCGUAGGGGCUCCCCAGGUGGCGCCGUCCGGCUUCAAGGUUGGCGUAGGGGCUCCCCAGGUGGCGUCGUCCGGCUUCCAGGUUGGCGUAGGGGCUCCCCAGGUGGCGUCGACCGGCUUCAAGGUUGGCGUAGGGGCUCCCCAGGUGGCGUCGACCGGCUUCAAGGUUGGCGUAGGGGCUCCCCAGGUGGCGUCGUCCGGCUUCCAGGUUGGCGUAGGGGCUCCCCAGGUGGCGCCGUCCGGUUAUCAGGUUGGCGUAGGGGCUCCCCAGGUGGCGUCGUCCGGCUUCCAGGUUGGCGUAGGGGCUCCCCAGGUGGCGUCGUCCGGCUUCAAGGUUGGCGUAGGGGCUCCCCAGGUGGCGUCGGCCGGCUUCAAGGUUGGCGUAGGGGCUCCCCAGGUGGCGUCGUCCGGCUUCAAGGUUGGCGUAGGGGCUCCCCAGGUGGCGUCGUCCGGCUUCAAGGUUGGCGUAGGGGCUCCCCAGGUGGCGUCGACCGGCUUCAAGGUUGGCGUAGGGGCUCCCCAGGUGGCGUCGACCGGCUUCAAGGUUGGCGUAGGGGCUCCCCAGGUGGCGUCGACCGGCUUCAAGGUUGGCGUAGGGGCUCCCCAGGUGGCGUCGACCGGCUUCAAGGUUGGCGUAGGUGCUCCCCAGGUGGCGUCGGCCGGCUACCUGAGCAAGCAAGUUGCUCCUGCUCUGGUUAAAUCUGUGACUGGAAUGCAAGUGAACCCUGAUAGUGUGAGGGUUGUAUGUGGGGAGGAUUCGGUUAUGGUGGAUGUGCUACGAGACCUUCUAGCUAUUGGCCAGCUGAUCAAUGCUUCAGACAUCACCCUUGGUGGCUGUGCACCCAUUGGGCAGGAUGCUUCUGGCACAGUGAGGUUUCAGUCUGUGCUGCAGGGCUGUGGAAGUACACUGAUGAUGACUGCUGAUGCCCUGGUUUACAGCUUUGCAUUGAUCUACACCCCCAGUGGUAUUAAUGGCAGCCCCAUUGUGAGGACCAAUGGUGCUGUGGUUGGCAUUGAGUGUGACUAUUUGAGGAAACAAAAUGUGAGCAGCAAUGCCCUGGUGCCAACAUGGAUCCCCUACUAUGCCACAAUGGCGGCUGAGGCACAACUGAAUUUCUCACUGAGGCUGAUGGAUGAUGCAUGGCAGAAUGAGAGGGCCUCCAACGUGUACUUCCUGGGAAGUGUCCUGAACAUUGAAGCCUCUGUCCUUGUGGGCAACGGUCAGCCCCUGCGUGUCUUUGUGGACAGCUGUGUGGCCACCUUGGUCCCUGAUGUGACCUCUGUCCCAAGCUAUGCCAUUGUGCAGAACUCUGGGUGAGUAACAU